UUCCCUCUCUCUCUGUCUCUCUCUACUAAUUUCUGCCUGUACUGAACAUACAUUCACAAGAGGAGUGGAAGAGAUGGCAGUGGCUGAAACACAACUAUAUUCGAAGAUCUUGAACAAAGUCAAAAACAGAAGCACCUGCGCUUUAUUGGAAUCCCUCUUAUCUAUGGGAUUCCCUGCACAUACAGCGCAAAAAGCUUUGGCUGCUACUGGACACAAGACAGCAGAAGAGGCUUCAAAAUGGUUGCACUCUCAUUGUAAUGAUCCUUCUUUGGAUGAUCCAAUCCCUCAGGAAUAUGCUCUCUAUUUGUGCCCAACUGGACCCUUGCAUGACAAACUGCAGGAAUUUUGGAAAGAGAGCAAGAACCAAUGUGCAAGAAACAAAGCCCAUGAGAUUUUCCCCCACAUAACUCUUUGUGAUUUCUUUACGUGUGAAGAUCGGAAAGUGGAAUUCUUACAUGAAGCCCUAAAGAAAGUUGGUGACAGGUUUUUAAAUGUGUUCCCACCUGCCAUUUCUCUAUCACUACAUUCGUCUGUCAGCUACCUUGGUUUCUUCAUUAAUGAUGCCCAUGCAAAUGUCAUCAAAGAGUUUGCUGUGGCUUUUGCUACUGAGGCAUCAGUCUUGGCAGAUUGCCACGUGAAACCCUGCACAAAGCAGCUGCACCUUACUCUGGCUCAUAAGUUUUAUCCUCACCAUCAAAAGACUUUGGAACAAUUGGCCAAAUCUAUCAACCCGGGACAGAGCUGCCUGUGGACAGCUGCUCUGUAUUCUAGAGAUAUGCGCUUUGUAAAUUACCAGAUCUUGCAAGCACUCUUCCAAUACAAGCCUCAGAACAUUGAUGAACUAAUGCUGAAUACUGGAGAUUUGAUAUAUGUUGACCGAUCACAACAAUCCGAUGUUAGUGAUGGCUGGGUGAUUGGUACCUCGCACAGGACUGGCUGCAGAGGAUUUCUUCCUGAAAAUUACACAGAAAAAGCCAAUGAGUCAGAUACUUGGGUUAAACACAGAGAAUACACUUUCACUCCAGCUUCAGGACUGCUCCCCAAGAAUGAAAAUGAACCUAGACGUAAACUGAAUGGUGAAAUCCAUAAUCCAAAGACAAAGAGUGUGACCCAAACGCUUGCUUUCCAGCUUUCUCAGACUGUUGCUCUCAGAAGAGGCCUGUUGGUGAUGCGCCAUGGGGAGAGAGUGGAUCAUGUUUUUGGGAAGUCCUGGAUUCAGCAAUGCUUAACUGCAGAUGGAAAAUACCACAGAGCAGAUCUGAACUUCCCUGCCAGUCUGCCAAAACGAAGAGACGGCAUCAAACAUUUUGAAUAUGAUCCUCCUUUAUCAUGCUGUGGUGUUUUCCAGUCUAGACUUGUAGGAGAAGCUCUGCAGGAGAAACAAGAGGCAGUUAGCCAUGUAUACUGUUCCCCUGCUCUCCGCUGCAUACAGACAGCUCAACACGUGUUAGAAGGGCUUAAAUUAGAACAAAAAAUUAAAAUCAGGGUAGAACCUGGACUCUUUGAAUGGACGAAGUGGGAGGCCAACAAAAUAAUUCCCUCCUUUAUGGCACUGACAGAACUGACAGAGGCUACUUACAAUAUAGAUCCCAGUUACAGUGCCAUGCUGCAUUACUCCCACAGUGCACGGCCAAACCCAGAAAAUCACUCGGUUAAUAAAGGUACCUAACUCUGGGGUUUUCCAUGUGUGGACAAGUAAAAAAGUGUUGUGCCUUUAUAGUAUUUCUCAACACAGAGCAAAAUCCUUAGUUUAAGAGUGAGUGAAUAGACAAACCCUUUCAUUUUCCUAGGUUCAAAACUAUUCACAGCAAAGUUACUACUUUCUCUAGUUUCUCACUUUCCAUACAAACUCACUAAUCUAAAAUCAAUCAAUCAACCAAUCAGUUGAUAUAAGACCCCAUAGAGACAGGCCAUGAUUGAAGAUAGGUAAAGCGCUUAAUGGGUGGAAGGGAAAACUGUAAAGUGUUGCAACAUUGGAGCCAGCCAGCAUCUGAAUAACCUAAACAAACUAUAAAUAUGCAUUUUGUACAUCAGUGAAAACAGUAUAGUGUCCUUCCCCAGGGUACUAACAUGAGAGAUCUCCAUGUUUCUAAAACAAAACUGUCUGUUUAUUAAGAGAACUGUUUGUAUAGAUGCUGCAACUGCAGAUACCAUUCUAGUCACAUGUACACAGACUGGCUUCCUGGUGCCUUUUCCAAAAUCUUCUCUGCUGAAACCUGUGCUCCUUCCUCCAAAUUUCAUUCAGAAGUAUAGUUCACAUUUCUAUUCUCUCUAUCCCCACCCCACAUGAGUGAUUAUAAGAGGCUAUUAUUUCCUAGCCCCGGUCAUCUGCCAUAAGUCAGUGUUAAAAAAGGUUAAUUCCUGUCACAUGGUCAGGGUCAAAAUCCACUGUCUCCAGUAGCUACUGUUACCAUAUUCUCCCAAUACAUGUAACUUUGCAACCCCAUUCCUUCCAACUCCUUUGGCUCCUCCUGUCUUCAGCAUCUUCACUAUUAUUUCUUUUGGGAACAGCCAUUGCACUUGUUUCUUUUCUAUGUUUAUGGCCAGGCCAAUCGAGGUCUAAGCUUUGCUUUUUAACUCCAUUACUGACUCUUGCUCAGUAAUGCUGAUCCUUGCUAUUGAUAUACAGAUAUUGUAUUCCUCAAAUACUCCAUUGCCAUGGGGGCUCUCCAAAUCAGUAGACACCAUCAAAGUUUCACAUUGCUCCUAGUACUGUUUGCAUAAGAUAGCAUCUCUAGGUCACAGAAGAGUCAGUGAAGUCUGUAACCUUCCUGAAAGGACUGUGUUCAGUAGUGAGAUUUCUGCAAAGUCACAUAAGAUAUCUCUACCCACUGAUUGACAUUUAGAUUAUUUAAGUAAAAGUUGUGACCUUCUUCUGGUCAGGACCCUAAUCACACCCCAUCAGUGAAGUUACUCAGUCUAAUCUAAGUUGAUCUCUAAUGACAUUAAAGCAGCAGCAUUGUCUAAUGGAUAGGGUGCUGGACUGGGUGUUAGGGUACCUGGGUUCUGUUCCUGAAUCAGCCACUGAUCUGUUAGGCAAAUCACUUAACCUCUCUACUUCUG